GAGGGGGUCAUGGGAAUCUAAUUUUUUCCAAAAAAAUUGAAAUCGACAUGGUUCCAGUCUUGCCUAAAUAUUUAGUCCCAUUUGAAGUUUUUGUUCGAUUUAUUUGAUCGUACAGACAGCCCUUCCUGACUUUCGAAAAACAUCAUUUUUCUAGGGCACGAAUAAAAACUGGAUGGCACGAAUAAGAAAGUGAAUUGAGAGAAAAAUAUGGUCGUACAAAUCAAGAACUUCAAGAGACAUUCACUGCACAAUUUUUAAAAGCAAUUGAUCCAACUACAUUCAAAUAAAAUCAAAAUGGUUGUUAACAGAGAGGGAAUGAAGUGCCUAAUGUCCUUAAACAAACAAGAGGCAGUGGGAGGCAAAGGGGGCUAUGCGUUUGAUUCCGGUUGCAACAUUUCCGGCCUUCGCAAAGUUCACAUCCAUGCUGGACCAUAUGCUCACGGCACCGUCAAAUAUCAUGCAUUGAUCAAUAGAGUUUUCUUUGAAUUCGACACCCCCUUUCAUCAAAACAGUGAGCAGGAACCUUGCAUUCACGUUUUCGGCGGAGUUGAAAUGUAUGCAAAAAACACUACCUAUAGUGUAUUUCUAGUCCCGGAGAACGAUCCCAUUGCCCGUAUCGAUGUUUGGUCCGACAACCUUGUCACCGGUCUUCAAUUCACAAUGGCCUCGGGUGCAGUAUCUCAAGUAUAUGGAUCUAUAUCACCUACAAAAUCUAGCAAAUCUUCCUUCGAACCAAAAGAUGAUUCUCUGUGGCAGUUGGUCGGAAUUCAUGGAUCCUGUGGUACUGUCGUUGACAGCCUUGGUUUUACAUUUGGAAGAGUUAGUGAAGUAGUCAACAAAGAUGACGAAAUUGGCAGCCGAGAUUUUAAAUUUGAAAGAGUUGCCACUGUUCUCUCUGGUGAAGUAGUCAACAAAGAUGACGAAGAAAACUGUCAAUGAUAGCUGUUGGCGAUCCAUCCCUCUGCUUCUAUUUCUGGCACUUAUGUGAGUAAUGCGCCGAUGAAGCAGCAAUUUCAGCACAAACUUCAAGCAGCACAGCGAAACAAGAAGAUGUAUCAGAAAGUACUCUAUUGAACUAGUCAGACAGCUUGUUUCUUGUUUAGAACAUUAAUUACGUUUCACCUU